CUGUAACCUUUAAAGGACUCCCGUACUUACAGUUUCUCACUCACUCUCUCAUUGUCAUAUCUUAGGUAGCUCCAUCAAAUUGUUCCCACAGUUUUGCUCUAUCACAUCAAACCCAUAAUCAUAACGUUAGUUUCUCUGUAUCUUGCUCCCAAUUCCCUCUUCCCCACAGUUGUAGCGUGUUAGCGUGCUCGUCCAAUCCUCAAUUUCUCUGCUUGCGGCUUGACUGAAGCAUAAAAAAGAAUGUCCGUAAAUCACUACUGGUCGGACAUUCCAGAGGCCACGCUGUGGUGGGCUGAGCAACAUCACCAUCAUCAAGGCUUCCUUAUGCAACCCCUCCAAAACCCCUCUCCUUCUGCCUGGCCUUCCUACCUCUACCGUCCCCCGCCCCCGACCCGCUUCAACCUCAACCAGGAUGACGACGAAGGCGAAGACGACGACAGUAUUCAACACCAACGGACUGGUCACGUGGAAAACGAUACGCCGCCCGCGUCGCAAGGGCGGUCGGGCGAGGACGAAAAGGAAGGGAUGUUCGAGAAGCCAUUGACGCCGAGCGACGUGGGGAAGCUGAACCGGCUGGUGAUUCCGAAGCAGCACGCCGAGAAGUACUUCCCGCUCGGGCCGGGAGGGGAGGCCGGAGAGAGCAAGGGGGUGUCGCUGAGUUUCGAGGACGAGGCGGGCAAGUGCUGGAGGUUCCGUUACUCGUACUGGAACAGCAGCCAGAGCUACGUCCUGACUAAAGGAUGGAGUCGUUACGUCAAGGACAAGCGUCUCGAUGCUGGCGACGUUGUUUUCUUCCAGCGCCACCGCACCGACUCCAACCGCCUCUUCAUCAACUGGAGGCGCCGCCACCAGUCUCUGUCCACCCCCGCGCACGUUAGCAGAGCGUUACUGCUUCACAAUACCUCUACCACGACCGCCACUGACGCCCAUAGCAAUAUCAAUAUCAAUAACGAUGUUGGCGUGGGUGUGGAGUGGACCAGAAGUUUCUAUGCUGCACAUCCUUACCCUACGCAUCAUCAUCAUCAACCCUUCCCAUACCAACCUGACUGUUUUCAUGCAGGUGGGGGGUUGGAAGCAGAGCGAAGCAAAACGACGUCGCCGGCGGAGAACAACUCCAGCUCGAAGACACUGAGGCUGUUCGGUGUAAACAUGGAAUGCCAACCCGACGAAUCAGGAUCAUCCGGACCCGAAUUUUCGUACAUGUCAUCAACGUCGUCGUCCCAGGGUACAGCCGUCCAACACCACCACAUCUACGGCCAUUAUAAUCAUCAAUCUGCUUAUUAUUCCAAUCACAUGGUACGUCAACAGCCUGGCUCCUAGAUUCAUGCCCUUGCCCUUGCCGCUGCACCUCUUCGUUAAGGAUUCGAUCACUUCUUGUUGUUUUCUUCAGAACUCAGGUGUAAAGAAGGCCCUUAUUAUAAUUAUAAUUAGAGUUCAUUUGCUAAUAUUGAUUAUUCUCAUUAAUGAAACAAAUUAUCUUACCGAAUAUACAGGUUCAUGUUGAAGACAUAUACAACUGAAUAUAAUUAUAUUAAUAAAAUACUACUAUAUCUGUUUCUUGUCUUAAAGAA